AUGAAUAGCACAAAUAAUGUACGCUGCUCUCAUUUGAACACAACUGGAGGUAAUAUAGCUGUGCCGUAUCCUGUAGGAGUUACCAUUGCUGUUCUGAUCUGCUUGUUCCUUUUGCUUGGACUUUUUCUGAACAUCUUCAGCAUGUGGGUCUUCAUGUACCGCAUACCUGAGUGGAGGUCUGGAACAUUUCUCCAGUUCCACUUGGCCAUCAGUGACAUCACCAUGUGUCCACUGGCACCCUUUAUUACAGCCUAUUAUUUCCUGGAAGGACACUGGCCUUUCGGAAAUCUACUGUGUCGCAUCAAAACUGUGGUGUUGAUUGUUCACUUGUAUGGCAGUAUCCUGUUUCUUACUCUCAUCAGUGUGCACCGAUACGUACUGGUGGUCUACCACAGUCAGAACUCCCGUAUGAAACAAAAGGACUUUGUGAAGAAGCUUUGUGCAGUAGUUUGGGUUUUCCUGCUGGUAAAUGGAGUCGUGUGUGGUUCUGUUCUGGACACAAGCCCAGUGGGACACUGUACGCUACGUCUUAGCGUCCACCAGGAACAAAACGUCGAGGUGUUUUUUGUCAUUAACUUCGUUUUACUAAUUCCAGGAUUCCUGAUUCCAUUUACAGUGUCUGUGUUUUGCUACAGCUGCCUGGCGAGGUCUGUGUCCGGCAUUAAUGUCUUCCAGCAAAAAGGCCAGCUCAUAAAGAGAAAAUCACGCAAAAUGGUAGCUGUUUGUUUGGUGAUCUUUGGAUUGUGUUUUAUGCCCAUGACCGUGGUCCGCACAAUUUGGGUCGUGGUCAAGAAAUACUUUCCAACUCACUGUAAUCUUCUUUUGCAAGUUGAGACCGCACACUAUGUCUCAUUUAUUCUGUCCUCAGCAAACUGCUGUCUCGACCCGCUUAUCUACUGUUUUGCCUCACAGAAUUUCACGCGGGCCAUUCAGAGUUCACUAAGGAAAAUAGGAAUCCAGUCAGUGAGGAAAAACGCUGAUGAUAAGAUUGAGCAUGACAGUGGUCUAACCACGAUUAAUAAUCCUACUGGCUUGACAUUGAACAGAGAUAUGAUAACGACCACUCAUUUGUAA